AUGGCAGACACUAGACCCUCCACUCGUCCCAGCCUGGGCUUCCUUGCUCGCGCACACAAGUUCGCAUUCUAUGCUACUAUCUUAUACGUGGUGGUGGUCGUCCUUCUUGCGCAUCCUUUCAUCCAGCGACAUGUCUCUUAUCAGCAUGCCAUCACGGAGCCAUGGCACACCACGUUUGACGUUCCGGAAAGGUAUGGACUCGCCCCGGGCAAGACUCUCAACCUCAACCUAACAACGUCUGAUAAUGUCACCCUCGGUGCAUGGUUCAUCCUUGCGGAUCCGUUUUAUCAACAGCGUCGGCGCUCACAUCCAUCACCGUACCUGUCUUCGCAACCAUCCCUCUCAACAGUGGAGGAAGCAAUCAAUGCUGGCCCCACGAUCCUCUACUUUCAUGGUGCUGCUGGGUCCCGCUCGACGACCUGGCGCAUUCAGCACUACAUUGCAUGGUCCGCUCGCAUGCAAGCGAAUAUCUUCGCCAUCGAUUACCGCGGCUUCGGGGACAGCGCAGGCAUACCGUCCGAACCUGGCCUCGCGAUCGAUGCAUACACAGCGUGGAACUGGCUCAUGGACCACGGCGCUGGGCCACAAGACGUGCUCAUCAUUGGGCACAGCUUAGGCACUGGUGUAGCGAGCAAACUGGGGUCGCAAUUGGCGAGAGAAGACGUGAAGCCGAGAGGAAUCGUGCUGAUUGCGCCAUUCUCCAGCGUCUCCGCGCUGAUAGAGACAUACGACCUCUUUGGCGUCCCGUUGCUGCAGCCCUUGCAGAACUUUGCUCUUGGGCGAAAGCUCAUUAAACGCCUCGCGCGUGAGGCAUAUGAUACGCUAUCAGUCAUUCGAGAGUUCAACGUGCCAACGCUGAUCGCACACUCGACUAGCGAUAUGGAGGUCCCGCACUCCCACUCCCGCACGCUUCUGGACCAUCUGCUCGGCCCCCUUCUCCCGCCUGAAGUCCCGCUCCCGCUCGAGCCUGGGAAACCAAUAUCCCACGAGCGCUUUACGGCGUUCACCGAGGCGCAGGCCAAGCGCAAGGAAGCACGGACUGCGUUGGUCAGGAAAGUAGAGGUGCCUGCCUUUGGCACGAUGGAGGAGUUUGACGGAGUUUAUGGUCGAGUGGUGUACGUGGAGACCUCCUGGGGCGCCCAUAGCAAGGUGGGCCUGCAGGAAGGUGUGCAGGAUGCAAUCUCCUCGACGUUCCGGUUGGGCGGGAAUCUAUGA